AGCAAAGGUAACCCUGACUGUGAGGUCACACUAUAGGGUCGGACAGGUAGUCAGACAAGGAGGGUGUUGUGAACAGACUCCUGGAAUAUUUCCUGUCGUGUGUGUUAUUCGGUUGGAAAAUAUCUACAAGAAUUGUCAGCACUCUGUUAGUUAGUACUUCUGUUUGUAAAAGUAAAAUAAAGGUAUGGUUCUGUAGUCCGUAGAGCUGUUAACGUUUCCUACGUCUGUCAAGGAGCAAAAUUGCUAUUACGUCUUUUCUACUGGACAGAGCCAACAUUGUUCAAAAUUGUUGAUGCUCAUGGAUCGUCAGCUGGGAGUAUAUGCCCACCUUCAACCACUCCGUCUCACCCCCGUGCGCUCCACAAGCACCUGUCAUGACAACAUUGUCACAGAGACGUCCAAGACGUCCGUCAAAACUGUGACAACCGUCACAACGUCACGGCAUGCUGACGGCAAGCAUGUGGACCGUAGUAGGACAACCACAACCACCAGGACAAGGGGUAAGGGUCUUGUCGUGGUGAACAAACCCGUCUGUACAAGCGCCGAUACGACAGACUGUGAACAACGUUAUCUUCCAGAGCAUCACGCCACACUGCAAGAUGGCAUUGAGUUGGAAAGACGUGUUGACGAAAAAGAAAAUAUGGAAACUAGAAACGGACUGGAUGUGUCUGGUGAAGGAGAUAGUACUCUCACCGCAUUUGGUAGAAGACUUAAUAUAAAAUGGACUGACAAAUCUGAUGAGACUUCAGAAAAUGAAGGGCUCGAAGCCUUGUCCUCCACUGUGUGUAAUGAAUCUUCACCUGUUGAAUCUGGAGGAUUUUGUGUUUCAGGAACAAUCUACCAUGUGCCUCGCGUUGACCAUACUUCCUGUGAGCAGGCACAGACAUCUGCAAGCACUCACCACCACCAACAACGAGUAAGUAGCUCUUCAAUCAUCGAUGACGCGCAGUCACUGGAGACAGAGCCACUGUCUUCAUUACAAGCUGACCCUCCAGACAGUGUCGGCGGAUUUCGCGUGACGGAGAUUGAAUACUUUGUACCCAGACACACACGUGUCAGGAAUUAUUCUACGUCGAAAAAGGAGACAAACGUAGAGUCUUCUAACACGCUUUCUCAAAGCCUGGCGAACACGAACCAUGUUUCGCACUCGAUGUCACAAGGUGACGAUUCCCGAGAUACGUUACCGUAUUCUUCUCUGGACCUUGGUCCUAUCUGGGAUAUCUCUCAGUUGGCUGCUGCUGGGAAAAAAACGAGGAAAAAAAUCACAUGUUAUCGAGACUAUAUCGACCUUAUUUAAAGAAAUUUCUGGAAAUGAUAAAGCAAGAUUGCUUGCAUUGAAAACACCUUAACAUCGGCUGACACGUUGUUCAGUCCUCACUCAAUAUCACCAAAUCAGACCAGGGUGCACUUCAGUUAGCCAUUGUGUUUGUUUUUUGCGCUCCUUUCGACACCGUUUAGGUCAUUUAGAAAGCGGGCUUCUCUCCUGCUUAUUAAGGCCCACCGGGCUGAGAAGGAUACAGCGUGCCAGUAGAAGUCUGUACAAACGUCACGAAUCGAACUUGGGUCUUCUGCGUGCGACAUCAAAUCGCUUAACCGUUACACCACAGACACCAGUUCAUUGUUUACGGUUGAUUCUGAAUAAAGAGAAUCACGAGAAUAAAGCAAACUUUAAGUAGCAGAGGCUUUGUGGUGAAAAGGGAGAUAAAUAUGUGUUUUAGAAAGCCAAUAAAAUAAAUGAAGCAAGGGGAAAUAGAAAGCUAGUUAAGGUUGCAUCACCAUUAAUUAAUUAUUAUAUGUUGAACAGAGCGCGCUGUUGUAAAAGCACGCACGCACUUUACAGGUCGAAAACUAUAACUCACAACGGUCUCCUCAAUACUACAGCUACAUCAGUCUGGGUAGGACGUUUCAUGAAGAUAAAAAACGACAGUUAAUCACACGUCCCCUCCCCCAAUUUGUUUAUGCAUAUUAUUUUUAUCCUAAGUAGGUGAGACAAGUCGAACCGUAUAACUGAUUGUGGAAACGUAGGCAGUUUGGUUGCAUCCACUCCAGAACAUUAAAGUACCGUACAUUAAAAUGUAUUGUUCUUGACUGAAAGUCGGCUGUUGUGUGUGUGUCAACAAACAAAAUUUCAUGGA